GGAAGUAACGCACUAUUCACCCUCUUCCUAGCUCGAAGGCAGAACCAGAGCAGUAGCGGCCGAUCUUCCUCUUUCUUUACUCUUAUCUCCGUUGCAGCGGUACGCUGUAUCGCAAUCCCUCUUUCAGAACUCUUUUCCCCCGCUUUCUUCCUUCUACAUCUCUCUUUCUCAUUCCCCUUCUUCUCAGUUUUUUCUUCUUCGGUCACUGAUUCAUCUCUUCAAUCUUGACGAGAACAGAAAGACGAAAGUGCCUCUUUUCUUCUUUGCAGAGGAUCAUCACCGAUUAGGAGCAAACCGCAGCCAUCACCGGAGGAAAAAGGUUCAGGCGUGAGAUUUUUCGGAUCUUCUCUGGUUACGGCAUACAAUCACAGGUCGAACUCAUCCAAGAAAUUUUCACCGGGGAAAAUAUCCCCCCUCUCAUCAGUUUCCCGGGUCCUUCCUCAAGCAACGACUCUUUCCAAAACAAACCAGUCGAAAGAAGAAGCUAUCCCCUGUUAAUCUAUCGUCUCAGGCCGACAUAUAGUUCAGUCGCUGGUUCUCGCCAAAAGGCCCAAAACCCCUAUUUGCUGGCUAAGAACGAAAGCAGUUUCCUCAUCAGCCAGAGAUCCGAUCAGAUUCAGGUCUGCCAUGGCAGGAACGGCGGCCUCCGAGAAAGGGAAAGGGGACUUACAGGUGUUUGAAAGUGAGGAAGAUUUGUCAGUUUCGCUAGCUAAAUAUACCGCUGAUUUAUCAGAAAAGUUCAUCCAAGAAAGAGGGGCUUUUACUGUGGUUUUAUCCGGAGGUUCCUUGAUUCAUUCUCUCAGGAAAUUGCUGGAAUCCCCUUAUCUUGAGUCUGUCGAUUGGACGAAGUGGCAUGUUUCUUGGGUGGAUGAGAGGGUCGUGCCGAAGAAUCAUGAAGACAGUAACUAUAAGCUCGCCUAUGACGGUUUUAUCUCAAAGGUCCCCAUUCCUCCCGGUAAUAUCUAUGCUAUCAAUGAUGCACUCACUGCUGAGGGUGCUGCCGAUGAUUAUGAGGCCUGUCUUAAGCAGCUAGUCAAUAACAAGGUAGUUGAUCUGUCAGCAGCUAGUGGCUUUCCUAAAUUUGAUCUCAUGCUUUUGGGCAUGGGUCCGGAUGGUCAUGUGGCGUCUCUAUUCCCCGGGCAUCCUCUCGUCAAUGAGAAUAAACGAUGGGUAACCUUCAUCAAGGACUCUCCAAAGCCACCUCCAGAGAGAAUAACUUAUACUUUUCCGGUAAUCAAUUCGUCUGCAAGCAUCGCCCUUGUUAUAUGUGGAUCUGGUAAAGCUGAUGCUGUGCAUAGAGCGCUUGGGAAUCAGGAAAAUUCUGAUUUGUUGCCUGUCCAAAUUGUUUCACCUGAAGGGAAGCUAACCUGGUUCCUGGACAAGCCUGCAGCUUCUAAACUGUAGGAACAUCCAUGCUAAUAGUAGUGCGGGUUUGGUAAGAUAUUCAAUAAAUUAUCUCUCAUAUGCCAUAUCCAUCUUCCACUGGAUGGAUUUGUAUAGAGAAUAUGUUGUAAUAUGUUGUUAAAAGAAUAUGAAAUGGAUUCAGUUUUUUUCACCAAAAAAAAAUGUUGUAAUAAGAUGUUUUCUUUGUAACUUAUGAAUAUUAAGGCCUUAAUUUAGCCAUGAUUGUAGUGAAGAAGGUUUUGGUUUA